AACCGAAAACCAACUCGAGGUCUCUACUUGCUACGUAGGGACUUCUACUAUGUGAGGCGAUGGAAGCGAAGCAGAAGCCAAAGGCAAAUCCGCGAUUUUAUUUCUAUAAAAAUCCCAUCUUCACCUCGAAAGCUCUCAUAAACCAAUUCAAUACAACACUCCUAAACCACGCAUAAUUUAAUUUUAUUGCCGCCUCAGAAUGCCAGUAUUUGACCUCUGGUUCAAUAAUUCCCUUACCAACGACCAAUUUCAAACCCCAUUUCAUAUCAAUUCCGACUCAGAUUCUGGUUUCUUUAUUACCGGUGGCUUAUUUCUCGAACCCACCGUCUCUUCUUCGUUUAUUCGUUUAAUUUCAUCCCAAAUUUCUUCAAUUAGCAUUUCUCCCUCUUGUAAACACGUAGUUUCUGGGAUUUCGAGGCGUAAAACUCGUGUUGCAUCCACAAAGAGUGGCUUGUUUUUGUCAGUUAGCUUGAGAAAUGAUGGGCUUUUUCCGGAACCGAAGGGGUGUUUGGUUCACAAUGAAGAUAAAAAUUCUGAGGAGGCGGCGAAGAUUGAAGCAAAUAAUGUAGUGAUUGAAGCAACUAAUGUAGUGAUUGAAGCAAAUAAUGUAGUUAUUGAAGCCAACGAAAAGAAGAGGAAGGUCAGGGUACGUGGAGGCCGUGCAAUGAAUACCACAAAGCAUUUUUGGGCUGGAGCUAUUGCAGCUAUGGUUUCAAGAACUUUUGUUGCGCCACUUGAGAGACUAAAGCUGGAAUAUAUAGUUCGUGGUGAACAGAGGCAUCUUUUUGAGCUCAUUAAGUCAAUUGCAGUUACUCAGGGAGUGGGAGGUUUUUGGAAGGGAAACUUUGUUAAUAUCCUUCGUACAGCUCCAUUUAAAGCCGUAAAUUUCACCGCUUAUGAUACCUACCGGAAGCAGUUGCUUAGAUUUUCUGGGAAUGAGGAAACUACAAAUUUUGAGAGGUUCAUUGCUGGUGCUGCCGCUGGCAUUACUGCUACUAUACUCUGCUUACCACUUGAUACGAUACGAACGAAGAUAGUGGCACCUGGUGGGGAAGCUUUGGGUGGUGUGAUUGGUGCUUUCCGCCACAUGAUACAAACUGAAGGGUUCUUUUCCCUUUAUAAGGGCUUAGUACCCUCUAUCAUAAGCAUGGCACCUUCAGGUGCUGUUUUCUAUGGUGUGUAUGAUAUAUUGAAAUCUGCUUAUCUGCAUUCACCAGAAGGUAAGAAAAGGAUUCAGAAAAUGAUUGAGCAGGAGCAGGAACUGACUGCUUUUGACCAGCUGGAGCUGGGACCUCUUAGGACAUUACUAUAUGGGGCUACUGCUGGUGCUUGUGCUGAAGCUGCUACAUAUCCCUUUGAAGUUUUAAGGAGACAGCUUCAGUUGCAAGUUCAGGCAACCAAAUUGAGUGCGGUGGAAACCUUUGUCAAGAUAAUUCAGCAAGGAGGAGUUCCAGCUCUCUAUGCAGGACUUAUUCCCAGCUUACUGCAGGUGCUUCCCUCGGCUUCAAUAAGUUACUUUGUCUAUGAGUUUAUGAAGAUAGUUCUCAAAGCGGAAUGAAUAGAGACAGUGGGGCCUCUGGAGAAACAACUGGUAGGAGUUCAUGUGAAAGCACAGGAUAUAUAGAUUCAACAUAGUAUGAAUUAGUUGAUUCGCAUUUACAUUUAGCAGUUACUGUUGGUAUUACCAAAGUAUUUUUUAUUUGCCAUUUACAUUUAGCAGUUUCUAUUGGUAUUACCAAAAGAUUUUUGUGCCACAAAACGAAGAAAUGAAGUUCUUCAACAAGUUAAGUGCCUCUUUCUUGAUUCAUCUUCUCAUGUUUGAUUCUUCAGUCAUUAACCAAAUCUGGCUUUCAUACUUUAGAAACCUGAUUCUGGUUAUGAGAUGAUAUUUUUCAUCUUCACAGCUGAACAUGCUUAGUGGAGCAUUGUAUUUGUGCUCAACCUAUGGUGAUGUGGAUUUUGAUGUAAACAAUUUUGAAAAUCUAUUAAUUGUUGCUCUAUGAACUAGUU